AUGUAAACACUGUUGCUAAUGAAGUAUACAAGCACAAUUUUCCUCACACACACGUACUGGCGAAGACAAUUGAAAAUUGGCCUACAGGGGGAUAUGGCUGAUCCAAGGACAAAUAGCUUCCUGUAUAUCCUAGAUAUUCUUCCAAGAGAGCUGCUGGUGCACACAUUAGAAACCUGUGGCUUUCAGUAUCAAGAGUUUCUGUUAUCUCCGUCCUCUCUUGGCAUUCCAAACUCAAGGCUACGGUAUUUUCUCAUUGCAAAGCUUCAGAAAGAGCCUUUACCUUUUCAAGCCCCUAGCCAGAUACUGAUGGAGUUUCCUAAAAUCGUAAAUGCACAGCCACAAAAAUACACAGUAGUUUCAGAAAAUAAGCCAACCGUGAAGAGAACUGAACCAAACGUCUGCUUUGAUAGCAGCAGCACACAGAGCUCUGGAAAAGAUACAAUUCUCUUUAAGCUUGAAACUGCAGAAGAAAUUGACAGGAAACGCCAACAGGACAGUGACGUCUCUGUGCAGAUGCUGAAAGAUUUUCUUGAAGAUGGUGACACAAAUCAGUACCUUUUACCACCACAGUUACUGCUGCGAUACGCUCUGCUACUAGACAUCGUUCAGCCCACUUCCCGGAGGUCCACGUGCUUUACCAAAGGGUAUGGAAGCUACAUCGAAGGGACAGGCUCUGUGUUGCAGAUGGCAGAGGAUGUGCAGAUUGAAAAUAUCUAUAAGUCUCUUACUGAUUUGCCACCAGAAGAAAAGAUAGCUAAGUUGUCAAUGCUUAAACUGCGGUAUUUCACACCUAAAGAAAUUGCCAAUCUCCAGGGAUUUCCUCCAGAAUUUGGGUUUCCUGAGAAGGUAACAGUAAAGCAGCAGUACCGUCUACUUGGCAACAGCCUCAACGUGCAUGUAGUAGCAAAGCUCCUCACAGUCCUGUGUGAAUAAUUUGGAAAUACCUCUGAGAGGUGUCAUAGCAUUCUUCUAAUUCUAGGUAUUAAUUCUAAAAUUCUAUUUUUAAUUCAUUCAUAUGAAAUGUAACUAAAUUAUUUUAGUAUCAUGUUAGUGGAUAAUUGGAAACUUAGGUAAUGCAUGUCAAAUUAUUUUCCU